UAUAAUACAAUAUUCCAAAAAACUGUUGAAUGUAAAACAUACGUCCUUUGCUCAAAGUAUAUAACUUUUUAUUUAUUUUGUAACAAAGAAAAAAGAUCUCAUGUCAAUCAUCAUUACCCAGAGCUAGAUCUAGAGGGACCCUUGCCCCGGGCGAAAAUUCUAGCUAUUUCUGUGGGGGUUUUUUUCAGUUGAAAAUCGAUAUAAAAACGGGAAGGAAGUGCAGUAAGUUUCUUCAAAAAUCGGAAAUGAGUGACAAUGAAGAAAUUACUCUUUCUGAACAUGCAUUAAAGGCACUUCAAGAGUUUUACCAUGAGCAAGAAGAGUUGAAAAUUUCCCAAACUGUUUGUAAAGAGCAUUUAUUGGCCGAAGAUUGGGAGUUAAGUCAAUUUUGGUAUGAUGAUUCUACUGCAUCUACUUUAGCUGAAGCUGCUAUAAAAGGUGCAGGAAAAAAUGGAAGGAUUGCUUGCAUUUCUUCCCCAACUGUGUAUGAAUAUCUUCAAAGAAUCAAAUCUGAUGUAGACAAUUACUAUUUGUUUGAAUAUGAUAAGAGAUUUCAAACAAAAUUUGCAGAUAAUUUUGUUUUCUAUGACUAUAAUCAUCCUUUGAAAAUUGAUGAUAAAUUCAAGAGUUAUUUUGAUGUGGUUUUAGUUGAUCCACCAUAUUUAUCAGAAGAAUGUUUAGAGAAAACUGCUGAGACUGUAAAAUUUAUUGGCAAGGACAAAAUUAUUUUGUGCACAGGUGCAGUUAUGGAAGAGUAUGCUGAAAAAUUUUUAAAUCUAAAAAAAUGUAAUUUUUUACCACAACAUGAGAGAAAGCUUGGGAAUGAAUUUCGUUGUUUUGCUAAUUGGAACUUUGAUGAACAAGUGAACUUGAUUUCUAAAACAUAACUUUAUUCUUUAUUUUAAGAGCUUCAAUUUGCAUAUUAAUUUCUCUGACAAAAAAUGAUUUUUAAAAAAAGUGAAUAAUGUUGUCUUGAAAUUAAAUGUGCGAAAAUCAAAAUGUUGUGGGGGGUAAGACCCUUCAAAGUUUCCAUUUUAAAUCAAUUUCUUCAACUAUUUAGCUUUUUUUUUUAACUUUUUAUUUUUUUUUAACCAAUAAUAUUUUUUCUAAAGUUUAGGGGAAAGACAUGCUGUAGUCCCCUAAAAUUGUACCAGACCUGUGACCAAGCCCGUCAUUUCAAAUUUUUCUAGGGGGUGCAGAUGUAUUCUCUGCAUGAUGUAUUCUCAAUGCAGAUGUAUCAGAAAACAACAAAAAACACUCCUGUAAAAACAUUAAGUUUUCAAAACCGGGGAGGGGGGGCAGUUGAACUUCCUAAAUGAUGGGCUUGCCUGGGACCUAAUGUCUAAUUACCCCAAGGGUAAAUGGGACAGCUGCCCCAGACCUCUACCUGAAAAGACACGCCCAUAGCUGAAAUAAAAAUAUCUGAAGUGGAAAUAAACAUUUUUAUUCAUUUUAACAUAGAAACCAAAGAAAAAAUGGUAUUUAAUAUUCUACAAUCAUUUCUUGAAAAUAUAAUUUUGGCAUGUAAAAAAUCUUAUGGAGUUGGAAAGGGGGCUUAAAUGAAUUAUUAAUUUAUGAAACAAUUUACACUCUUGUUCUCUUAAACAAUAAUGCUAGAUGAAAGAGGUAUUUUUUACCUUGAAAAAAUUAUAAUUUCAAGAAAUGAGUAUUUGUAGGACAUUAAAUAUCAUUUUCCCAUUUGUUUAGUUAUUAAAAUCAUUUUUUUUCCCCAUUUGCUUUUCAACUUCAGUUAUGGGAGAAUUUUAGGGGCCCGAACAGCUGCUAAGUAUGUGUUUUGUAUUUGUAAUAAUAAAUUUAACACAUAUUUGUAUAUAACUCGACCAGUCAUAUCUGCUAUUUUGUACUGUAAAAUAUUUACCAAACGGCUUUAGUCCUCUACAAAAAUCAUGUACA